UCAGGAUCCAUGCUGUUCGCUAAUAGUUUCUCCAAUUCCAAUAGGCUUUAAAAGCGAACAGCAUGGAGCCUGACCAGACUGCGCGGAUGCGCAGGCUGGUCUGGAUCCAUGCUGGUCGCAUACCCACUAUGUUGGUUUUCUCAUGGCACGGCUCAUUUGUUAUCCGUGUUCUGAACACUACCACUUGUUCUGUUUUAUUAAAUACUUAAGCGUUUAUGAUAGAUAACUUAAUAAAGCAAUGUUUAUUUAAAAAUGUACUGUUAGAAGGCAGGUCUCAACCUGUCAUUAGGUAGAGUUGAAACAGUACAAGACAGGUUUGAUACAGACCAGGCAAUUACAAGACUGAUAAUUUAAAGGUAUCAGGUUUGAUACGGACCAGGCAAGUACAAGACUGAUAAUUUAAAGGUAUCAGGUUUGAUACGGACCAGGCAAGUACAAGACUGAUAAUUUAAAGGUAUCAGGUUUGAUACGGACCAGGCAAGUACAAGACUGAUAAUUUAAAGGUAUCAGGUUUGAUACAGACGAGGCAAGUACAAGACUGAUAAUUUAAAGGUAUCAGGUUUGAUACGGACCAGGCAAGUACAAGACUGAUAAUUUAAAGGUAUCAGGUUUGAUACGGACCAGGCAAGUACAAGACUGAUAAUUUAAAGGUAUCGGGUUUGAUACAGACCAGGCAAUUGUCUCCCUGACAGUUUGACAGAAGACAAUGUGUAAUUAUUUUGUCCUCAACCUGUGUUUUUAAAAUGAGAAAUUGUCAUUAUAUUUACUGAUUUCAGUUGAUUGACUGACAUUAGGAAACUAUUAUACUGUUGACCACAGUGUUAGAUUUAUUUCUAUAAAAAUAUCAAAGCAGUAGGGUAAAUCCAUCAAAUUUCGGUCAGUCGGGACAACUCGGACACUCAGUUUCAAUGCUAUUUUUAGCUCGACUAUUCAUAGAAUAGUGAGCUAUUGCACUCGCCCAUGCGUCGGCGUCCGCGUCCCGAUUUAGGUUAAGGUUUUGUAUGUAAGCUGGUAUCUCAGUAACCACUUGUGGGAAUGGAUUGAAACUUCACACACUUAUUCACUGUGACAAACUGACUUACAUUGCACAGGUUCCAUAACUCUAUUUUGCUUUUUUACAAAAUUAUGCCCCUUUUCCGACUUAGAAAUUUUUGGUUAAGGUUUUGUAUGUAAGCUGGUAACUCAGUAACCACUUGUGGGAAUGGAUUGAAACUUCACACACUUAUUCACUGUGAUGAACUGAUCUACAUUGCACAGGUUCCAUAACUCUAUUUUGCUUUUUUACAAAAUUAUGCCUGCCCCUUUUUCAACUUAGAAAUUUUUGGUUAAGGUUUUGUAUGUAAGCUGGUAUCUCAGUACUUACUAAUGGGAAUGGAUUGAAACUUCACAUACUUGUUCACUAUCAUGAUCUGACAUGCACUAAGCAAGUCUCAUAACUCUACUCUCUUUUUUUUCAAAAUUAUGCCCCUUUUUCGACUUAGCAGUUUUUGGUUAAAUUUUUGUAUGUAAUCUGAUAUCUCAGUAUCACUAAUUGGAUGGAUUGAAACUUCACACACUUGUUCACUGUCAUGAUCUAACAUGCACUGUGAAGGUCCCAUAACUCUACUUGGCAUUUUUACAAAAUUAUGCCCCUUUGACUUAGCAGUUUUUUGUUAAGUUUUUGUAUGUAAGCUGGUAUCUCAGUAUCCACAAAUUGGAAAGGAUUGAAACUUCACACACUUGUUCACUGUCAUGAUAUGACAUGCAGUACAGAGGUUCAAUACCUCUACUUUGCAUUUUACAAAAUUAUGCCCCUUUUUCAACUUUUGUACCGGUAUUCAUUCAGUUGACAAGGCUGUUGAAUAGCGUUGCUGUCCUCCGACAGCUCUUGUUAUGUUAAAUAGUCCAAUCAAGACUGUUCUUUCGUAUGGAAUUCCCAGAAUUUUUAUGUACACACUGGGUGACAUCUAAAAAUAGAAAAUUCACACGUGACACUAAAUUGUACAUGCGCAGUUGUUAUAUACACCCACGCUUCCUUUUCCGCAGCGCAAAGUUUUUGUGGCGGCAACUUUGAAUAUAGUCGGAAACAAUCUUCAACAUCUGGGUUUGUAUCUCACUUUUACUUCAAUGUUUUGUUUUUAUUUUACUUAACAGACGUUCAUAUAUUGUGAUAAGAGUAUAUUUAAUGGUGAAUAUCGUUUAAUUAGUAAUAUUUUUAACAAAACAUUAUCUGUCUGAAUUUCCCAGUUCUAAAAUAUACGGUCCUUAAAUCUCGGACGUCAGAAAUCUCGGAUCCUUUAUAAUUCGGACACUGCUUUUAUGGCAUGGUUAAAUAUUUCAAAAUACCUAGCAUAGCUAAAUUCGUUUAUCUUCUGUUUUAGGGGCAUGAAUGCACUACUGAACCUAAGAAAUCGGAAAAUCAGUGGCAGAAUGUGUUCUAUUCAUAUUAAACAAACAUUAAAAGAAACAUUAUGUCACGUGUUUAAUCAUGAAUAUAUAUAUGACCAUCCCCUAAUAUUCAGUAUCUUAAAACAUCUUUUACAAAGAAUCGACUCCGAUAUGUGGAUUGUCUCUGAGAUACAUCAUUUAUUGCUUAGAAUGGAAAUGGAUGAAGAUAGCAGUAUAGUCUGGCUAGCUUCGCGAUAUGCAAAGUCCUGCAAUGAUCUUCACAUGCUCCGCCUCGUUGAUGAAGUCAAGAAGAAUUCACUUUGACUAUUUGUUAUUGUAUUUUCUUAGAUAUAGACAUGUACCUCACAAUGUCUCAUAACUGGUAGAGAUGAUAACAUGUAAUAAAAUACAAGUAUUUGUAAUAAAGUUUAACAUCUUAAGUUGUUUCUUUUACGUUCUUCUACGCUUUCAGAAAUGCCUAGAACAUAUACUCAUAAGAAACGAGGCAAAACAAUGAACUAUGAUACAAAACAACUAGCUGAUGCCUUGAAAGCGCAUCAAAAUGGGAUGUCCAUCAGAGAAGCUUCAAAAGCAUACAAUAUCCCAAAAUCAACACUAGCUGACAGAGCUAGUGGCAGAUAUGAGGUAAAUGUAACUCAUGGUCGUCCGUGUGCGAUACCAAUUGAAGUUGAAAAGAAAAUUGUCGAAACAGUGAAAGUAACCGCUGAGAGUGGAAUUGGAAUUUCGCGGAAGCAGUUGCUACUUAGGACAAAUGUGUUGUGCCAACGCAUUCAGGUGCAUACAUCCUAUAAGAACUUCCACGCAGGUAAAAACUGGUGGGAAGGCCUCAAGAGACGUCAUGGGCUUACACUUAGACAGCCAGAGCGCCUCGGUAGUACACGUCGUCUUAUGAUGAAUCGUGAAGUUGUAGGAAAGUAUUUUGAGGCAUUGUCAAACAUCAUUACUUCCUCAAACUUGAAUGACAAGCCAGAAUUCAUCUGGAAUUGUGACGAGACCAGAAAGAAUUUUGAACACAAUCCAGUUAAAGUUGUUUCUGGUAUAGGUGCUAAAAAUGUAUGUGGUAGAACAAGUAGCAAAUCUACUAAUAUAACCAUUAUGGCAUGUGUUAACGCAGCCGGCAAAGCUGUGCCACCCAUGUUUAUAGUAAAGGGAAAGACCCCAAGGUCAUUGUACUCGUUCAAUACUCAGGCAGCUCCUCCUGGUACUAAGUGGUCCUACCAGGAGAAAUGCUGGAUGACGAACCAAAUAGGUGAACAGUGGUUUGACACUGUUUUCCUGCAAAACUGUGGUACCCAUCGACCCCAACUCCUGAUUCUUGAUGGCCAUAGUAGCCACAAAUCUCUAGCGAUACUCCAGAGGGCUAUUGGAGAGAAUAUAUAUAUUCUUGCCCUGCCCCCUCAUACCACGCACCAUCUUCAACCUUUGGACAAGUCUGUAUUUGGUCCUUUUAAUAAGGCAUACAAUUCAGCUUGCUCCGAAUUCUUACAGGAUCCAUGAAUAAAUGGAACUUCCCUGCACUGAUCACAAGAGCAUGGGUAUCAGGUCUGACUGAGGGGAACAUUAAAUCUGGAUUCGCUGCCUGUGGCAUAUUUCCUAUGAACAAAAAUGCCAUCCAUGAUCAAGCUUAUUCCCCAAGUUAUCCAUCUGACAAACCACUUUACAGUCAAACUCAGAGUCCUUUUGUAGAACAUUUCUCAAUCCCACAAGGCAUAGGAAGUAGUUCUUCAUCUGUAUCUAGUAUGAGUACUGAGGUAAACCAUGUUGACACAUCUCUUCAAAGUGUCAACCCUUCAAAUUUCAUGGACCCAGUUGUUACUGAUCAAACUGAGUCUAUUGAUCAGGUUAACAACCAAGGCAACAGCACUGUAGAUGUUGUAAUGGACCCAGUUGUUACUGAUUAUAUUAAGUCUAUUGAUCAGGUCAAAAACCAAGGUGACAGCACUGUAGAUGUCGUAAUGGACCCAGUUGCUGUUCUGGAUCUUCUCUCUAGCGGCGAUUUUAUAGUUGAUGGAGAGAUAGAUUUUCCAAUUACAGAUGAUUCUUUGACUCUUCCCAACUCUCCAUGUAACAUAAGUCCUGAAAUUAAUACCGAAACCACGCAAUGCCAGUCUUUAAUACCGUCCGCUAAUUGGAAUCAAGAUCUGGAUUCCAUAUUCCUCCCACCAAGCGGCAGUGUACCCAAUGGCCCUGUGGCAAAAAAACCGAAAGGCUAUUACAUCUCAUAGGCUACUGACCAGUGCUGAGGUUUUGCAGGAGAAACUGGAACAGGAAAGGAAAAAAGUUGAGAAACAAAAUAAACCACGUAGACAAAAACGAGUAAAAAUAGAAUCUAACAAAAUUUAAUUGUAACCGAAUCAUACAAACAUAUAGACUGAACAGUUGAACAAAGAGUGUGGACAUGAAAUAAAAUGAUUUUGACGAAAAUGAAUGUAAAAUCUUGUUAUUUUUAAAAAAAUUAAUUAUGUCCGAAUUUCCCAAACCCUAUGUCCGAAUUUUUAGUACUACCGUCCGAGCUACCCUGCUCUCACAUACUAUUGAAAAGUUGUACUUUUCGCUAUUCUAGCCUCGUUUUUGUACUCUUUUCUUUUCAAUUUAAAAAAUUCGGACGUCGUUGAAGCAGGCUAACGCGCGUUCAGGUGUUAGGAACUAGACAUACAGUAUGUACAAAAAUUGUCUGAAAUUUGAUGGAUUUACCCUAUACGAAGAAAUAGUGCAAAUUUAGAGCUUUGUCUUCUUUUUUUUUUUAACAUUUACAUUUUUGGGUUUCAUUUAUUUGGAUUUGAAGUUUCAAGACUUUCAUUCAGAAAAUCUAAGUGUUUUAAAGAUGCCUUUCUGAUUCAUUAAGUAAAUCUAAGUGUUUUUAAGAUGCCUUUCUGAUCUGGUUUAGGAUGGCAUAUACUAUAUGUAAAGUAGUGUCUGCCUGCAUGACAUUUUUCAAAGCAUAUAUAGAUAUCAGAUUGUUUGUUUGUGCCAGGUUGUA